UGACUUGAUGUGUUAAAAAGCAGGGAACAGGUGCGGUGAACUCGCGCCUCAUAGUAUCAUCGGAUUGAUCAUGUAAACGACAUGCGACCAAGUCACUGAAGACAAGGGCGGUAUUGAUCUCGAAUCAAUCUGAAUGGAGAAGGAGGACUUCCACUAAGAUGACACGCACAGAAACCCCUGACAUACUGGUGUCCACGCUGUAUCAGGACUUCAAGCUCAACCCUAUCACGGGGCACGCCAUUUCUCUCAGCCCCUUCCCACAAUGUGACUCACAAAUGAUCGACAAACCGGAAAUUGUCAACAAAAGACACUGCCGUAGCUUUGACUACAUCGAGUCACUGGACGACCCAGAGCCCUUUUCUGCCUCGAUGGAGUACCCCUACAAGAGACCAGAGCAUCAGCCAGUGAGUAAAGAUGGGAUCUGGAAUGGCCUGGAUCAGCCAGGACAUCUCCGGUUCUCCUCCCCGGAUCUGUUCAACACUAGACAACCCCCACACUACCCCAGCCGGGACAAAAACAGCCAGACCAUCAGGACAGAUUCGAAGAAGAGGACCAGGUCCAAAAGUGCUCCCAGGGUCAAGACCAGCCUCACCCCCGUGCCCAUCACAGUCACCCCUCUAGCAGGUGGGAAUGUGAGGGAGCCCCCCCAGGCUGCAGAGUCUCUGAGGGAAACGCAUCCCUACUCCUCGAACCGGGCGUUUCUGAACGACGUCCACCCCAUCAAGCUGCAGCCACACUCUCCCCUCUUUGUGUCGGACUGCUUUGAGGAGGGCAAGCACGAGAAGCCGGCCAUCGCUCCUCACGUCAGGUGCCGGGUAGACAUCAAGCCGGACGCCUCCGACCUGCAGCACGCGGCCAGACGGGCUCCCAGCCUGAGCUCGGAGCGGUCGUGGCAGAGAUACUCCCAGGCCAGCGGGAGCAGGGGACUGUACGUCCCCCGCCACACCAUCAUCUCACCCACGCCAACACCAAGCGAAUGCUACAGUGGAGAUUUCCGACAGGGCUAUCCCUACACCCCUUGCAUCCCCCCCGGCUACAUCCAGCCUCUAGACAUGCACAGGGUCCCAUCUCCCAUAAUGCCUAGAGAGUACCUGGGAAGGGAGCAGAGGGCGUACUCCAACCCUAACAUACCCACCAAGUUCUUCUACACCGAGGACCCGGUUAGAUACUCGACUUCGAGGCCGUACUACCAGGACGAUCAGUCCAGCCUCACCAGCCAAGGCAGCACUCUGAACAGUCAGUAUCAGCAGGAUCCACGUUCUCGCUGGGCUCACACCCUCCCCGUCAGGCCCUAUUACACGGAGCUCAUGCCCAGCCGAGACCCCCCGCAGACCGUCUACAGCAGGCCGUACUCGGUAACCGAGCCAGGGGCAUACUUUACUCCGGCGCCACAGGCUCGAUCCUACUACGGGGAGGAUCCACGAGCGUUUCCCUGCCAGCCUAACCCCUCCCGGAUGUACUACGCCAGGCCUUUCAACCCUCCAGCUGAGCCCUAUGUUCCCCUGAGGGCUUACAACACCGAGGGCCGCCGGCGCCCCCGCCUGUCCCAGGCAUACACGGAUGACUGGUAUCGCUCCAGCAUAUCCGGGUACUCCAACCAGUCUUCUCAGUUUACACCCCCAAGAGUGAGGCAGGACCCUGUGAUGGCCCCGUGGUAUACAAAUAGCUACGUGGAGCCAACACCACUGGGGGCAGAGGUGAGGAACCACUCCAAAUCGUGGGAUAAUAUCCUCUAUCCCCGCCACGAAAGGGAGCAGGCGGUACAGCGAGGACGCAGCUACGAAAACCUGUUUUACCAGACGAGGAGGCACGCUAUGCCCCCGACGGACACCACGCAGCCAGUCAUAGUGAAUCUGUCCAGUUCACCCAGGCGCUAUGCUGCCUUGUCGCUCUCAGAGAACUCAUUAGAUAAAGGCCCACAUAAUCCUGGGAGGAACAGCAAGAGUGGGCUGUGGUUCGUGACCCCAGAGAUCACCAUAACAGACAAUGACAUCCGUGCAGGCAGCAAUAAACAGAGAGACAUGCGCUCCACCAGUUGGGAUGCCCUGGAUGGUAACACAGCACAAACCCCCGGAGCACCACGCCAGGAGUCACCGUCCGACUCGACAGAAACGACCAAAGACAGGAAACACAACAACUAUUCCCUGCAGCAGAGUCUAGAGCAACUCGAUGAGCUGCUGGCCGAUCUCGUUAUCGACUACAAACCCCCAGCGAACAGGAGGCCGAGUGAAGACCUGCUGGACCAACUGAAACAACUGAUAAGCGAAGACAACGAAAAAGGAACAAGGGCUCCUCCGGGCCUGGAGAGUCAAGGACCUCCAAGCAUCACCAAACCCAGCCCCUGCAUGGUUAAGGACCCAGACAGUGGCUGCGAUGCUUUGCAGAAGAGUACAGAGGAGUGUUCUCCGGACCACAGCACAGACGACGAUGACACCAUGGUCUGUGCCAACAGGAAGUGCAAGCGGACGGAGACUCUGUUCAACGCCUGCCUGUACUUCAAAUCCUGUCAUAGCUGCUACACGUUCUACUGUUCCCGCAACUGUCGCCGAGACGACUGGGACUCCCACAAAGGAAAUUGUCUGUACGGACGCAUUAGCAGCGUAUGCAGGCAUAUCCUCAAGUACUGCAGGGAGAAUGCAGAGAUCCACAAAGCCUUCUCCCGCGUGGCUAAAGCAGGCUACCUGUCCAGGGGGAGAGGAGUCCUCUUCCUGGGUUUCGCUAACCCGGGUACGGCUGACAACUUCCUGCAGGUCGGACUGCAGAGCCUCCUGAUGUCGCCCACGUACUUGUCCCUGAGAGAGCUGGAUGGCUUCAAGGACAACCUGGGGAACUACUGUAAGGAGUUGCAGCAGGCCGGGAAGGAAUAUGACCCCGAUGAAUGUUUCCUAUUGAAUGUGUCCAUCGCUGUUGGUGAACUAGUGCCUAACAGACCCUCUCCAAGAGUACAAGCACCGACAGUCCGAAAAUAUGCAAAGGUCUCCCUGGCGUCGUCCAGCCCGGACAAAAAGGUCGUCAAGAAAGAGAGUGACCUGGAAACUCUCAUUCUCACCCCUCCUCCGGGCACACCCGAUAUCGACAAAGAGGGAGAGGAGGGGAGGAAGGCCAGAGAGAUAUGCUUUAUCAAUAUCCAACGUGAGCUCAAGACCAGGGGAGUCUUCCUGCGCCACGAGUAUCCGAAGAUCUACCAUCAGCUGUGUGAGUUUGUCGAGAGCAACAAGAGGUUCACCCCCACGACCAUCUACCCCCUCGACAAGAGGACGGGGAAACAGUUCAUGUGCAUGAUCAUGGCUGCGUCAGAGCCCAGAACACUGGACUGGGUGGGAACACCUCAUCUCCUCGAUGACAUCAUAUAGUUAGUGAGAGCGCAUAUCAGCUGAUGUCAUCUACACAGAGCAGUGCGUAUACUGUAGUCUGUAUAGAGCAUUGAGAGAGAUAGGAAAAUCAGUGAUUCCACUACAAAGGUUUGCACAUUAAUCACUUGGACUUAGAUCAACUUUAGGAAGGCUAGAAACAUAGUGCAGAAAAGGAUUGACUGGCUAUUAAGAUAAAUCUAUCUCAGCAAUGUGUUUUCUCCGUACACUCAAAAUAAAUGAAAUGUAACAUCUUUUUUAUUUAUUUUCGCCCAGUUUUUACCUCUACUCUCAUGUUUUUGAUCUGCAUGUAGACAGGGCACAAUUAGAAAAUAAUCACCCAUUGUAUCAUUGUUAGAGUGAAAAGGUAUGGUCCAGUAUUUUCUGUGCAGACAGUGUGUGGUAUAUUGUACACAAAUAAACAGUGGAACAUAACCCUGCCUGUACAUAGACAACAGAUACUUUGUCAUGCCUAAUACUUUUAAAGUCAAUGACAUGAAAGCUUUAGUUGUCUCCUAAUGCGUUACCGAUUCUUUAUCUUGACACGUGUCAGUGUUUGUGAUAUUUUUGGACAGUACUAACAACAUAUUUUUGUUGUACGUUUAUUUUCUGAUUGUUGUAGUCAAAAAAUAUAUGUAUAUAUUUAACCUCCCUUCAUAUCCUGGUUGUUUAUUUAGUUAUAGGAAAUUGCAAACUCUUUCAUCACUUUAUUAAUAUUCAAAUCAUUCUACUCUUUAACAUGCUUUGUUUGAAGUGGCCUUCAGUAGAAAAUGCAUUUGACAGAAAGCAAUGUGUGGAUUUGUCUGGCGUAAAUCUUGAGUAUGAAUUGUUUGUCUGUAUUGUAAAUAGACAAGUAUUUUGCUUAAAGCAUGUUAUUUAUAUUCAGGUAUUUUAAUAUUGAUUAUGCCGUGAUCCAACCAAAAUUAUGGUACAAAUAUUAUUAUAAUAAUUAUGUUUAAUUUUGUGCCAGGGAAAUGAACCAAUGCAUAGGAUGACUAUUAUUAUUUUGAUUUUGAUUGUCAGUAAAAACACAAUUUAUGAUAGAGAUCAAGUAUUUCAUACCUGACAAUAUAUAAAGCAUAUAUAUACUGUUUAUGCAAUAAAAUUGAUAAAAGAGCAACCUUAUAAUCUAAACAGCUACAUUUUACUAAUGAUAAAUCACAUGAUUUCUUGAAAUCUUGAGCUGCAAAAAAUGUCUUAUUGCACUAAAACACGAGUUA